AGUCUUUCUCCAGGCCCGUCUUCCAAGAGUCUUUCCUUCAUUUCCGUUUUCAAGGAUUCCAUUGAUCUAAAAGGGACAAUUUUUUUUCUUGUUUUAUCUUGAUUUUUGGUGUCAGAGGAGGGAGUUCUGCUUGUUAUAGGAAAUCUGAUGUCAAAAUGUGGGUUCCUCAAGAUUCAGUUCCCAUGUUUUGUUUCCUCUCUUUUCCCUUUUCAGAAGAUUUUGAUCUUGAAAAUAUGAGGCAAAAUUGAAUGGUGUAGAAGGAAAAAGAAGCAAGUUGUGUAAUAACUGCAUACUGUUGAGGAUUGGUUUCCUGACUUCAAUUCGUGUUUGCUUCCUUUUCAAAGUCUAGGUAAAAAGGGGCAGGUAGUUUCGUCAUUUAGUGUAGAGGCUUUUACUGCAGUUCCUUGUCUUGGGGUUUUUUCCCUGUCAACAAAUUUCUGACUCUUGAAUUGUGCAGGACUUUUAGAUUCUUGAAUCUUGAAUAAAGAACAACAAUUUUGCCAUGCCUUUUUUACUUUUGUUAUCUUCCUCUUGGUGUUCUUGGUCUUAGCUGAAAUGAGGAAUACCCGUUUUCCCUGUUCUUUCCUUUUUUGUACCGUCUUUGAAGUUACAGACUAGAAUUUGGUUAUUUUCUGUUCAUACCAGGUCGUUUAGCGUGUUUGGCAAAGUGCUGUGGUAGCUGAAUUUAGAAUUUUGCAAAUUCUAUACCCGUUUUCCCUGUUCUUUCCUCUUUGUGUUCUGCCUCCUCUUGAGUUUAGGUUUGGAAGAAAGGUUUGGCGGUUGUGAUUAUAGCUGUCUAAAAAAUGACAGAAAACUCAGAAAGUGAUCAGGAACUGAGAUCACUGGCACUAACACCAACAUGGUCUGUUGCUACCGUGUUGACAAUAUUUGUGGUGGUUUCUUGGAUUGUGGAACGCUCAAUUCACCGCCUGUGCAACUGGUUGCGGGAAACCAACAGAAAACCUUUGCUUGCAGCUGUAGAGAAAAUGAAAGAAGAGUUAAUGCUGCUUGGCUUCAUAUCACUAUUUCUAACAGCUACCUCAAGCACAAUUGCCAAUAUUUGCAUUCCAUCAAAGUUCUAUGACAGUACUUUUUCUCCAUGUACUACGUUUGAUAUUGAUCAACAACUUGAGAAUAAUGAUUCCAAGGAACGAAAGCUUUUGAUGAGUCCUGUUUCUCACUCACUUAGGAGAAUGUUGAAUGGCAUGAAUCGGAAUACCUGCAAAAAGGGUUAUGAGCCUUUUGUUUCAUAUGAUGGUCUUGAACAGUUGCACCGCUUUAUAUUUGUUAUGGCAGUCACACAUGUAUCCUACAGUUGCUUAACGAUGUUGCUGGCAAUUGUGAAGAUUCAUAGUUGGAGGGCAUGGGAAGAAGAAGCUCAUAAGGAUCGAGAAAAUUCAUUACAUCAAACUACACUAGAGUUGACAAUGCGAAGACAAACCACUUUUGUCAGAUACCAUACUUCAAACCCCUUGGCCAGAAAUAGGUUUCUUAUAUGGGUGACUUGUUUCUUCAGGCAAUUUGGAAACUCAGUUGUUCGUGCUGAUUACUUGACACUCCGAAAGAGCUUCAUCAUGAAUCACAACCUGAGGUCGAAAUAUGAUUUCCACAGCUAUAUGAUUCGCUCUAUGGAAGAAGAGUUUCAGAGGAUAGUUGGUGUUAGUGGUCCUCUGUGGGGAUUUGUUGUUGCCUUCAUGCUGUUCAAUGUGAAAGGGUCUAACCUAUAUUUCUGGAUUGCCAUCAUUCCCAUGACUGUAGAUGCAUUUGCAUUUGCCAUUAGACCAUUGAAAGCCAAUGGAAUAGGUUAUGGUAUUACUAUUGUAUUGAAAGAAGGUAUUAGAGAAAUUUCUUCUAGUGGCCUUGAAUAUGAGUUUGCCCAUUCCCCCUAUUGCCAAUUUGCCAGUGGGCUUUUACUGGUUCUUGUUGUGGGGGCAAAACUACAGCAUGUUAUCGCAACACUGGCCCUGGAAAAUGCUGGCGUAAUUUUUGCAGGAGGAAAGUUGAGGCCUCGAGAUGAACUUUUCUGGUUUAAUAAACCAGAACUGUUGUUAUCCCUCAUUCAUUUCAUUCUUUUCCAGAAUGCAUUCGAACUGGCUUCAUUCUUUUGGUUUUGGUGGCAGAUUGGGUAUGAUUCAUGUUUUAUCAAGAAUCACUUGCUGGUUUACAUACGACUUAUUUUGGGGUUCGCUGGACAGUUCCUAUGCAGCUACAGCACUUUGCCACUCUAUGCUCUGGUUACACAGAUGGGAACGAACUAUAAAGCAGCACUAAUCCCACCAAGGAUAAGGGAGACAAUGCACGGAUGGGGAAAAGAAGCAAGGAGGAGAAAGAGGAGGCACGGGCAAUACACUGAUGAUUCAACCAUACAUACAGAGACAAGCACGGUAAUGUCUCUCGAGGAAGAUGAUCACCAGAUGCUUGAUAUUCCUGAAACUGGCAAUGCUACACACACUGAGAUAGAGCUACAAACACCACCUACGGUCACAUAUAGUCCUACACCAGUUGCUAAUGAAACUUCAAGUAGGAGCAGUACACCUCUACUCCGCCCCUCAGCUUCUGUUUCAUCAACACGUAUGUCUGGUUUUCAGACAGGAGAGUUUCAAAGAUCAUCAUCAAUGCCAGCCUGGAGACAGUGACACAGAUACAUCAGUUAUUUAUUAAAAAAUGUAAACUAGACCUUAGAAGUAGAGAUUCCAGUGUUUUUAUUGAAAUGACUAACUAGUGCACUGGGUGUCAUAGUCAUAUCAUAGGUAUGUCUUAGAUGAAGUACUAUACUACUCUGGACCACUGGGGAUCCUUUGGUCCAUAUAUUUAUCAUGGAUGGAUAUGUUGGAGAAUUUUGAGCACUAUAAUUCUGUACAAAUGGAAAUGAAAAAGAAUUUAAAAU